AACCGCCCUUUCGCCAUCGAUUAUUCUCCGUGGGACUUAUCGCCCCAUCUUGCGCAUCGCUAUUUCUUUUCAACUGGUGGCUGGUUUUGUGUUUAUAUAUUUGCUUAAUUUAUGGCAGAUCAAGUGGGGGCUGAGGAAGCGAUGGCCAAUCGCAAGUCGAAUGGAAGUCGGGACCCCGUUGAGGAUAGUGUUUUUUCCACGAAAUCCCCAGAGGAAUCUCAAUCCGAGGCUCUUGACGAAUUACUGGUACUAAGCGAUCAGCAGUUGGACGAUGUCGAAGCCAAGGGAUUGGCAGAGCCUGGCGAGAGAGAUAGAUCUAUGGAUUUGGACCUUUAUAACGAUUUGGCCGAGUUAUCCACAAAGCCUGAUGAAAGGGACAUACCUCUUGAUUUGGACAUUUACGACGAUUUGGAAGAUUUCCAGAAAGCCGAGGACCACAAAGCCAAGGAGCUGCUUGCAUGGGAAGUCAAACACGAAAAGGUGCUGGCCGAGGUCCAUGCCCUAAGGACUGAGAAUAAGGCGCUUGGAAAAAAGAUAAAGGCCAUGGAGGUUAACCUGCAGAAUCUGCUGGAUACGGCCAAGGCGGAGGUGAAGAGAAAGGAGUCCCUAAUUGCCCAGCUGCGAAAGGAAAAAGACGACUUAUGCUUCCGGCGGAAACGGGUGCGUGAUGUUGAAGAUCCAGCAGAAAGAGACCAUGAGAGUAAGCGCCUUAAAGAAACGCAAUCGAGAGCGUUUGCAAAAAAGGAUCCAGAACCGGAAAGAAAUCCAUUCAAGAUUAUUUCAAAAGACGACGCCAAAAAGGCGUCCUCAAAAGAUGAGCUCAAGAAGGCAAGCAAAAAAGAGGACUCCAAGAAAGUGGACAGCCGAAGUAAGCAGGGGCAACCAAAAACAACCGAACGGAGUUCUAGCACACACACUCGUCGUCCAGAGAGUCGCCACAAAUCCAGAGAUAAACGCAACAGCCGAAGCCGGAGUCCUAGACAUAGCGUCAGGCGAGACCAGCACCGAAGUCGGGAGAGCGGUGCCUGGCAAGCUCGCCGACGCAGCCGUUCUCAGUCGCCCAGAAAAAAGAUGUCAGGAGAAAAGGGCCAAGCCAUGACAACCCCAUUCUACAACAAAAUGAAUGACCCGAGGGGCGAGAGCCCCCACCAAGUUGGAUGGCGAAACCGCUCGCAGUCGCCCAGAAUCAAGACUACAGGAGAAAUGUGCCAGGCCAUGACAGACCCGUUCUACGAUAAAAUGAAUGAUGUGCUGAAAGAAUGCUCCCGCCUUGAGCUGGCCAAAACUGCACCUGACAUGCAAACGUCGAGGAAAGACGUUUCCAAGCAAAGCAAUGUUACUUCAGAAAUCGAAGAAAACUCCUCGUCUGACAUAAAGGAACACCAGAAAGAUUCUCAAACUGCAGGUUUAUUGUUUACUAAAGUCAGUCAACCGAAGCGUGAAAUUAUUUCCGGCUCACGCCUUAUACCCCAGACGGAAUCCUUACAUUUUGUCGAUGAGCUAAAAACGGAGAUACAGAUUGCCAAAAGCAGUAAUAUUCUUUUAGAACAUCCAGCGGUUGAUCAAAAAAAGAAGUCUUCUUCUUUAUUGAAUCCAAAACUCGAAAAAAAAAUGAACAUUUUACAAAAUUCCACAAUAAAAGUUCCGACAGAUGAAGAGCUAACAAAAGAGCCAUUGGAAGCGGUACACGUUAAAACAGACAAAAACCUAAAGGGAAAAAACCAAAUAGAAUUAAUAAAAGAUGUCACAGUCCAUUCUAAAACAGGUUCUCAGUUUAAAAGGAAUGCGAAUGGGUGUUCCGAGAAUGAAAUUCAAACGCCGUCUGAACUAAACCGCUUAAACAAAUCCGACAUCGGAAUACGAAUCAUCGAAGACAUAAGGCUUCCUAAGAUGGCUGAUAUAGACCAUAUUGCUGUUAGAGUCGACAACCUAUGCGAAACACCAGAAGCGACAACAAAUUCCUCAUCUAGUGGCCAGAAUUUGAGUUUAGUCUCCAGAAUGCCUCAGGAACGCAGGGAACAAAUAUGUACCAGCCAUGCGGAUGACACUCCCAUAAAGACUGCCACUGUCUUAUACGCUAAGCCCGACUCGACGAAGCUGGACCACAACGAUGAAAGCGACGAGGUCAUUCUCGAAGCUGCCAUGGACCUGCUAACGAGCGAGCAAGAUCCGUCCAGCAUCGAGCAUUCCAGCUAUCCAAAGUUGAGUAUUGAAGAAGAUGCUAUUGAGAUGGCAUUGGAACAAUUGCACCAGCAGUCACCAGACGAAACAGUAGUGACUUCAACAUCAAAUAGAGCCCUCCAGACGCCCAAACAAAACCUUAUUACGAUUCUCACCCAGUCUCCCACUCAGCAAAGUCCAUUAAUGUCCAAAAUUAAAUCAAAGAGAAUAUCACCGACCGCUACACCGGAAAAGCUAGCCACCGAGAAAACCCCGCUGAAAAAGAGAAAAGUCAACAUUCACAGUCCAACGCAGGCAACGCCGGUUUCUAGGCUGGAUUUCACAAUCGACAAAUCCUCCGAAACUAGCUUGGGUAGGGAAGAUACCUUAACAGUUACCAAACGCUGUUCUCUGGGCCACACUGAUUACCAGUUCGAGCAACUAAAAGACGAGGUUAUUUUGAGAGUAAAGCGACGCUGUCGAAAACGACGACCAGCACCUGCGGAAAUUCAGGCGGGUGCUGCUAACCAACCGAAUUAAAUAAAUUUGUAUUUGAUUUAAA